GCGGCGGCGGCAGCUGCAAGUUGAGCUGCAGGGGCAGCGCAUACACUACAAUGGCUGCUGGAAAGAGGCGUAAGGAAACAAUUUCCAGGCCCGCCGCGUCCAGCCCGAAAUAUGAGAAAAAAAUUAUUAGAAAUUCCGCGGGCGGUGUAAAGGCGGCGGACGGGCCGGAGGGAGGAUGUUAAAGCCCCGCGGUUGCCUCUCAGUGCUGCCUUGGUGGUAUUGGGCACCCAGAAUGCUUCAGUCUGUGAUGGUCUUUUAGUAAGGUGGUCUUACUAGAGUUUGGAACAAGGCCUCAGAUUGGCCAAAAUGGGAAGGACUGGAUUCUGCUCUCUUCCACGAAGAGUUAAUGGGACUGGCUAAGAUCAAAGUCUGAGCUUUUUCCAUCACUAAUCAGUCCCUUUUUGCUUUCUUUUACGACCACAUGAAACUUGAGAAGCCACCUAAAGCUAUAUCACUUAGUGGAGCUGGGCAGUUCCCAGGUGUCCAACGAGAAGGCCUGGUUUAGGCUGCGAUGGCCACUGUCAUUCCUGGUGAUUUGUCAGAAGUAAGAGAUACCCAGAAAGCCCCUUCAGGGAAACGUAAGCGUGGUGAAAGCAAACCAAGAAAAAACUUUCCUUGCCAACUGUGUGACAAGGCCUUUAACAGUGUUGAGAAAUUAAAGGUUCACUCCUUCUCUCACACGGGAGAGAGGCCCUACAAGUGCACACACCAAGACUGCACCAAGGCCUUUGUUUCUAAGUACAAAUUACAAAGGCACAUGGCUACUCACUCUCCUGAGAAAACCCACAAGUGUAAUUAUUGUGAGAAAAUGUUUCACCGGAAAGACCAUCUGAAGAACCACCUCCAUACACACGACCCCAACAAAGAGACCUUUAAAUGCGAAGAGUGUGGCAAGAGCUACAAUACCAAGCUUGGCUUUAAGCGACACUUGGCCUUGCACGCUGCCACCAGUGGUGACCUCACCUGCAAGGUGUGUUUGCAGACUUUUGAGAGCACAGGUGUGCUCCUGGAGCACCUGAAAUCUCACGCAGGCAAGUCAUCUGGGGGUGUGAAAGAGAAAAAGCACCAGUGUGAGCACUGCGAACGCAGGUUCUACACCCGGAAGGAUGUCCGGAGACACAUGGUGGUGCACACGGGAAGAAAGGACUUCCUCUGCCAGUACUGUGCACAGAGAUUUGGACGAAAGGAUCACCUCACUCGACACAUGAAGAAGAGUCACAAUCAGGAGCUUCUAAAGGUCAAAACUGAACCAGUAGAUUUCCUGGACCCAUUUACCUGCAACAUGUCUGUGCCUAUAAAAGAUGAACUCCUGCCGGUCAUGUCCUUACCUUCCAGUGAACUCUUGUCAAAGCCAUUCACAAACACUUUGCAGUUAAACCUCUAUAACACUCCAUUUCAGUCCAUGCAGAGCUCUGGGUCUGCUCACCAAAUGAUAACAACGUUACCUUUGGGAAUGACAUGCCCCAUAGACAUGGACGCUGUUCACCCCUCUCAUCAUCUUGCUUUCAAAUGUCCAUUCAGUUCUACCUCAUACGCCAUCUCUAUUCCUGAAAAAGAACAGCCACUAAAGGGGGAGAUCGAGAGUUACCUGAUGGAGCUACAAGGUGGGGCACCAUCUUCAUCCCAGGAUUCUCAAGCAUCGUCAUCUAAGAUAGGCUUAGAUGCUCAGAGUGGGUCCCCAGAUGAUAGUGCUGGGGACCUCUCCCUGUCAAAGAGCGCUCUCUCUAUCAGUGACCCCCUCAACACACCAGCAUUGGAUUUCUCUCAGUUGUUCAAUUUCAUACCAUUAAAUGGUCCCCCUUAUAAUCCGCUUUCAGUGGGAAGCCUUGGGAUGAGCUAUUCCCAGGAUGAAGCGCAUCCUUCUGUUUCUCAGCUGCCCACACAAGCACAGGACCUUCAGGAUCCUGCCAGCACGGUGGGUCUUGGUCCUCUGCACUCGCUGUCAGCAGCUCUCAGCGGCAGCCUGAGCUCAAGCACUACCCUGCCCCGUUUCCACCAGGCCUUCCAGUAGAGGCUGGGCCUAGGGAUUUACCCGAGGUGGAGCACCUAGGGAGGUGCUUGUGUAGCCCCACCUGCGAUGACCAUUUAUAUUCUAGUGCCUACUUCAACACAAUACAAAAACUUCUGCUUUUGUAUAAUAUCAGGUUUUAUGAAGCCAGUAAAUAAUAGGAACUAGCCUCUUUGAUAAGCUUUGAAAUCGUUCGUGUUUAACUACAUUUGCUAUUUCUCCUGAUUUCCUGCCAGUUGUCUUAGUCUCAGAGUUUUAUUUCAUAUAGGAGCACCAUUAUUAU